GUCUUUGCUGCGGGGCUUAAAGCAGUCUUCAAGAGAGACGCUUGCACACACAAUGUUAGUGUAGACUCUGGACCCCUAUAGAGUUUUACUGCCUUUCUACAUUGUCUCAGCCAUUGCGUUUUUCCAAACUAUGACUGGAGUAUUCGACAGAAGGAUUCCGAGUAUUAAAUCUGCAGAUUUUCAAAACCCUUUUCAGCUCUCCACAAUGCAUCAUCCAUCACAGGAAUCUCCUACCUUACCGGAGUCGACAGCCACGGAUUCUGGCUAUUACAGCCCUGCUGGAGGAGUUCAUCAUGGCUAUUGUUCACCGAACUCUGGCUCGUAUGGGAAACCUCUUAAUGCCUAUCAGUACCAAUACCACGGAGUCAAUGGAUCUUCUGGAAAUUACCCUGCAAAAUCCUACCCUGAUUACAGCUCGUACUCCACAGCUUAUCACCAAUACGCCGGAACAUUCAACAGGGUGCAGUCACAAUCAAGCCCGCAAGAAAAAGAGACAGCGGAGCCCGAAGUGAGGAUGGUCAACGGAAAACCCAAGAAAGUUCGUAAGCCCCGCACCAUCUAUUCCAGUUUUCAGCUCGCUGCUCUACAGAGACGGUUUCAGAACACGCAAUACCUCGCGCUUCCAGAAAGAGCCGAGCUCGCGGCAUCACUGGGACUCACACAGACACAGGUGAAAAUCUGGUUCCAGAAUAAGAGAUCGAAACUAAAGAAGAUCAUGAAAAACGGCGAGUUGCCACCAGAACACAGUCCCAGCUCCAGUGACCCUAUGGCGUGUAAUUCGCCGCAGUCUCCCGCAGUGUGGGACUCACAGGGUUCUCAGAGACCUCACCAUCAGCCGCAGAAUAUUAACACAGCGGUAUCCACGUUUCUGGACAACACCAGCUCUUCCUGGUAUACAUCCACCGGGGCGAUGAAUUCUCAUCUUCAGGCACCCGGCACGUUACAGCACUCAUUGGCACUCGGACCAGGAACGUUGUACUGAAAUAUGUCUAUUAUUUUGUUGUAUAUCGGACUGGUGUUAACAAUUUUUUUUUUUUUUUUUUUUUUUAAGGAAUAUGCAAUGUAUUGAUAUGGCAGUCCUAGAAGAACGUGUAUAAUGUGUAAAUGUGUGCAUGUAAUUUAUUGCAUUUGGAAGAAUUAUUAAAUGUUAUAAAUGGACAAUGGACCCAAACACUCUCAAUGGUGCCUUGAAUUUUAACCUCAACGCGUACAUCCGACGAUGUGCCAAAAUAUUAAGGACAACCCCAAAUAAAUGUGUUUUUUUGUUUAAUUAUGUAAGAUUUUGUCUUCUUUAAAUUAGAUUUGUAACUCAACACAGAUUAAUGCGCCGAGCACUUUGGUUUGUCGCUGUUAAUUAGAAUUUUCUGGGAUUUCUAACAGGACUUACAUUAAAGUUACAGGCCUAAAAUGGACUCAACGAUAUUAUGAUUUUAGAACCAUGUUCUUGAGUCACUAUUAAGUAAAUAGAAAAGAAAUUAGAAACUAAUCUAUAAUUUAGAAAAAUAAAAAGGUUUGCUUCAGUCUUGGUGCUCAGUUUUUCAGUUGAAAUUUUGCAAAGCCUUUCAGAAUUGUGCAGCCCAUUUAUUUACACUUUACAGGGUGGUGUAUUUAGAUAUUAUUAUUAUUAGCCUGUUAUUAUUAUUAGCUGAUUUCAAAAGCGUUUAAAAUAUUUUUUUGCUGGGACUGACUAUUUUAUCUAAGUCUACAUCUGGAUUAGAACCACCCCUUUCGAGUGAAAAAUUUGGUUGAUGGUCUGGCAAACAGUGUGCUCUGCCUUGCUGUCUUUGUGUCCCUUACAAUUAGUAGCUUUGAAUGGAAGUGAGGAGGCGAAGGGACGGCACAGAAAUCUGAGGCAGUCCGCAUGCCUGUGGGGGCAAACCGGCUCCAGCGACCACAACCCACCCCUGACAGAUCCUCCUCCUGGAAAAAUUCUGAACAUCUCAUUAAAACCAGUGCUAGCUGUACAGCUGACUGCCACGGUUAAAUCGUGAAUAAGGUCACAGGGCUAUUUUAUUUAUUUUUUAU